GGGAUGACGUCACCUGAUUCGACUCCCGUCGUUCCUCGCGGCUGAAAGAUGGCCGAUCGAGGAUUUUAGGUCUCCUAGGAAAUAGUCUCUUCUCCUUUGUCCCCAGCGUUUUUAUGAAUGGUGUGCUCAAUUCCUAGCGCGCGUCAAGGCUGACCGACAUCGCCCGAGUGCGCGCCUACCGUGUUCCGUCCCAAGAACGAGGAUUAGCGGCCCAGAUGUUCAGCUGACGUGCAUCAUCGGGGCCAAUCAUGGAGACUGUAGCAUAGGCCUAAAAGCCUCGGGAUCGAUAGGCUGCUAGCGCCGGUCAUGCGCUUUAUUUAGUCCCCACAAAACUGUGCUGUAUUUAUACCGAUCAUGCAAGCCCCAAACGUCCCCGAGCCUCCGCCCGCAGAGUGCAACAUCAAAGUCGUAUGCCGCUUUAGGCCGCUUAACGAUGCCGAGGAGCGUGCCGGCAGCAAGUUCAUCGCGAAGUUCCCCUCGGGUUCCGAGGAUUGUACGGCGAUUGGCGGCAAAGUCUACGUGUACGACAAGGUGUUCAAGCCGAACGCGACGCAGGAGAAGGUCUACAACGAGGCAGCCAAGGUCAUCGUCAAAGAUGUCCUCAUGGGCUACAAUGGAACCAUAUUUGCCUACGGCCAGACAUCCAGUGGGAAGACCCACACAAUGGAGGGCGUUCUCGGAGACUCCUACAGCCAGGGCAUUAUCCCCCGCAUCAUUAACGAUAUUUUUAAUCACAUUUAUUCAAUGGAUGAAAAUAUUGAGUUCCACAUAAAGGUUUCGUACUAUGAAAUUUAUUUAGACAAGAUACGUGAUCUCUUAGACGUAACAAAAACUAACCUCUCCGUUCAUGAGGACAAGAACAGAGUUCCCUUCGUCAAGGGUGCAACCGAGAGGUUCGUCACCAGUCCAGAGGAAGUGAUGGAAGUCAUUGACGAGGGAAAAUCUAACAGACACAUCGCCGUCACAAACAUGAACGAGCACAGCUCGAGGAGCCACAGUGUGUUCCUGAUCAACGUCAAGCAAGAAAACCUGGAUGACCAGAAGAAGCUCAGCGGGAAGCUGUAUUUGGUCGACCUUGCGGGCAGCGAAAAGGUGAGCAAGACAGGAGCCGAGGGCAUGGUGCUGGACGAAGCUAAGAACAUCAACAAGUCGCUGUCAGCCCUGGGCAAUGUGAUCGCCGCACUGGCUGACGGAAACAAGUCCCACAUCCCAUAUCGUGACAGCAAGUUGACGAGAAUCCUGCAGGAGAGUCUGGGAGGCAACUCGCGGACCACAAUCAUCAUCUGCUGUUCCCCUGCAUCCUUCAACGAGUGCGAGACAAAGUCAACGCUAGAGUUUGGCAAGAGGGCCAAGACGAUCAAGAACACGGUAAUCGUGAAUGAGGAGCUGACAGCCGAAGAGUGGAAACGGCGCUUCGACAAGGAAAAGGAGAAAGUCACCAAGCUCAAGGGUCAACUCAGCAGAGCGGAGUUCGAGCUGGGGCGCUGGCGGAAUGGAGAGUCGGUGCCCACGGAGGAGCAACUGAAAGACCUGGAGAGCAGCACCCUGAGCCUGUCGGAGACGGCGUCUGCCAGCUCGUCGUCUGCCAACCUGCCGGCUCUAGCCGCGGCAGCCGGCGCCGGUGCCGCCCCCGCAGCCGGGGGUGCCGGUGCCAAGGCGGACCCCCUGGUGGGGGAGGAGCGCAGCCGCCUGUAUGCGCAACUGGACGAGAAGGAUGACGAGAUUGACCGCCAGAGCCAGCUCAUCGAGAAGCUCAAGGAGCAGAUGAUGGAGCAGGAGGAGCUGAUCACGUCCAUGCGGCGCGACUACGGGGGCCAGCAGCAAGAGAUGCUGCGCAUCCAGCAGGAGAACGAGUCUGCCAAGGAGGAGGUGAAGGAGGUGCUGCAGGCCCUGGAGGAGCUGGCCGUCAACUAUGACCAGAAGUCCCAGGAGGUGGACACCAAGAACCGGGAGUUUGAGACGCUCAGCGAGGAGCUGAACCAGAAGCUGAGCCAGCUGAACAGCGCUCAGAACGAGCUGCAGCAGAUGAAGGACCACAGUGUGCACCAGAAGAAGCGCACCACUGAGAUGCUCACCAGCCUGCUCAAGGACCUCGGCGAGAUCGGCACCGUGCUCGGAGGCAACUCGGCCGACGUCAAGCCAGGCACAGACAUGAACGGCAAGAUCGAGGAGGAGUUCACGGUCGCCCGCCUUUACAUCAGCAAGAUGAAGUCCGAAGUGAAGGCCCUGGCUCAGCGUUGCCACCAGCUUGAGUCAUUCCAGUCGGAUUGCAACAAGAAGAUUGAGUCCAAUGAAAAGGACCUUGCAGAGUGCAGGCUACUUAUCAGCCAGUACGAGGCCAAGAUGAAGUCUCUUCAGGAGUCGAUGAAGGACAUUGAGAACAAGCGACGCUCGCUAGAAGAGUCUUUGGACGAGCUCAACGAAGAAUGCUCCAAGCUCAAGGCAGCUGAGGAGAUGCACAUCAUGGCCUCGAAGGAGAAGGAGAAGGAGAAGGACUCUGCCGAGAAGAUGAAAGAGGCCCUGGAGCAGCAGAUCGAGAAGCACAGGGACGCCCACCAGAAGCAGCUGUCCUCGCUGCGGGACGAGAUCGCCGACAAGAUGACCCACAUUGACCAGCUCAAGGACACCAACCAGAAGUUGUCCCUGGCACAAGACCGCCUGCAGCAAGAAUAUGAGAAGCUGAAGCAGGAGGAACAGGAGAAGAGCCAGAAGCUGCAGGAACUACAAUUCCUGAAUGCCCGGCGUGAGCAGGCCCGCCAGGACCUGAAGGGCCUGGAGGAGACUGUGUCCAAGGAGCUGCAGACACUGCACAACCUGCGCAAGCUCUUCGUGCAGGACCUGCAGAGCCGGGUGAAGAAGGCCUCGGCCGGAGAGGAUUCGGAGGAUGCCUCGGGGGGCAGCCUGGCCCAAAAGCAGAAGAUCGCCUUCCUCGAGAACAACCUGGACCAGCUUACCAAGGUCCACAAGCAGUUGGUGCGUGACAACGCCGACUUGCGCUGCGAACUGCCUAAGCUGGAAAAGCGCUUGCGAGCAACGAUGGAGCGAGUCAAGGCUCUGGAAACUGCUCUGAAAGAAGCGAAGGAGAGUGCCAUGCGCGACAGAAAGCGCUACCAGUAUGAGGUGGAUCGCAUCAAGGAGGCAGUCAGGCAGAAGAACUUGGCCAGGAGAACUCACAUGGCCCAGAUCGCCAAGCCAAUCCGAGCCGGGCAGCCACAUGCCCCAGUUGGGGCGGCCAUCCGUGGCGGCGGCAUGGUCUACCAGCCACCCAGUGCAGCUAUGGAGAAGGCCUAAGCCGCCGCUUACACAGACCGCCGCUGCAGCUCCCAGCCGAGGAGGAUGACAGAGACAACCAACCGAAGGCCUUGCUUGUGUCUUGCUCAUGCAUGCUUUCCCUGGAACAUCUCUCUUCUGCACUGUAUACUGCAAACCAGCACAACAGCUUCCAAAGAGAAGGCAAAGUGCUUUAUAGAACCAAACCGCUUGAUGCAUUCUACCAGUCCAUAUGGUUAAGCCUACCUAGGUUGUUUUAUGGUCCCCUGCUCUUUUUAUGGUACGAACAUUUUGUGUCUACUAAGUCUUUUUUUAGUGUGUUUUAAUUUUUUUUUUCUUUUGUUGGGGGUUAUUUAUGGCAUGCCGGAUGGAAGCGGCUGGCUCGGACACCUUGGUGUUUCUAGCACUGCCGAGGGAUCAGACGUGCGCGCUUUUCCUCGCAGGGUCUUAAUUUGGCACUUCGACACUUCCAGUUUUUGUUGCUAUUUUUCUUUGUUGCUUUCCAGUGUUUCCGUCCCCUUGUGGCGAACUGGCAACGCGAAGCUAGGGAAACGAAAGAAAGUGAAACAACACGCACAUGCAGCAGCAUCCCGGUUGCACACGCACACCUGCUCCGGAAGAUUCGGGUUUUGUCACACGGUGCGGGACAAAGUGGGGCGCUUCCCGUUUGUCUCUGAGCGAGGAGGUUAGCCCAGAAAGGUGGUGCGAGCCAAUUAUAUGGCAGAGCCUGAAACAUCCCCCUCUCUCCCCCUCUGCUUUUCCUCUUUCAACAUUCUCCCUUUUAGGAAUACAAUCGCGGACAAAAUAUAACUACAAAGCUGCUUUUUUUUUUUUUUUUUUUUUACUUGUUUUGCAGGGUUUGUGUUUUGCUUAUUCUAGUUUGACUUUCUUUGAAGUAUGCUGUCUAGCCCCUAGCCGAGCCGAUCCGUGCCCGCCCUAGUUUUGGGGGCCCCGCCCACUGUCGCGAUAUGUGGAAACUAUCUGCUGCAUGCAGAUGCUAUCCGACGAGUGUGGCGCUGCGACCCCCUGCACGCUUAUAACUGGCGGCGGUGGACUCUGGCUUGUUUUGCGGUUGCUUUUGCCGUCUUCUCGGCCUGUAUAUACUUUUGGGUGGGACGCUGCGAUUGCCGGCAACGGUGGCGGCUGGCUUUGUGCUUGGUCGCCUUCUCUCCUGCCUUCCUUUCCUUUCCUUCGUGAGUGACGGUAGAAACGGCAGUAUAUUUUUGGACGAGAGCCGCCGCGAUGGUAUCCCGGAAGUUUGUUGUGCCUUUUCGUAUCGGUUUGUUGCGGCGGUGCAGAAGCGAGACGAGAAAACGGAAGCUGGCGAAAGUGGAGGAGGAAGAGGAGUGAGUGGAGCGUUUUGUGUGAUAUAUUUUAGGGGUCUUUGUUUUUGCUCGAGUUUUCUUGGCAGUUGUUUGGACCAAAAAUGAGUAUAACUACACUGGGGCCGCUACGCUAUCCGUAUGAUUUUGGCGUGCAACUCUCGAUUGAUACCCGCAUUUCGUUAGUAGCGUAGUAAUCUUUUUUUAAAACUGUGCUCCGUAACGGUUAUUUAUAAUCUUCGAAGCAGUCGCGGAGUAGUUGUAUUUUAAUUGUUUCGAGAGUAUACCCCAACAGGUGCGAAAGAACUUUGGCCGGGGGGCGAGAAGUUGCCACAUCUUGGUUUGUAUUUCCCGGGCGCACAGCGUGCACGCGUCAGGCGCUUUGAAGCCGAACUAGGCUCAUUGGCACCGAUGGGUUAGUGCAAUUACUGUGUGCAACACACCGUCUCUGGGCGGAUUGCUUAUAAUGAUUUGCAUACAAAAGUGAACACCCGUUUUCGGCACCAUGUUUGCGGAAAACUAACUGAGCAUUUUUAUUUAUGACAUUGUAUUGUAAUACCUGUGGCUUAAUAAAACUUUCGUUUUCGGUGGUCUCAAGUA